UCCACAUUGUACGCGAAUUUUAUUGUUGUAUAUAUACUAUAUCUGUGAUUUAAAUGUAGCCACUUCGCAAAAAACGAAAUGGUGUUAAUUUUAGCUUUGUAGUUGUUUGUGUCUCUUAAUUUCCGUUAACUUUUCUUUUGAUCGAAUUCAUAUUAUAAAAGCGAUUCUGCUGUACAUGAUGGUGUUGAUAUGUAAAAAGCGAUUCUGCUGUACAUGAAUGAACCUCGUAGCUCUCGUAGUAACUUGCGGAUAUAACACCUACCUGCUACACUGUUCUGAUCUAUCAAAUUCUGCUUGCAGAAAUGAUUAUAAAGGGUUUAUUUAGGAGAUAUGAGAGGAGGAAUCCAGUGAAUCCAACGAUCGGAGCCUUUUGGGGCGUUGGAAUAGGCAUUGGUUGCGGUGUAGGAUGGGGCCCUGGCUUUGGCCAUGAGGUAGUUGGCUACGUUGGAGCCGGCUGUGGUGCUGGAUUUAAUGUGGGGAUCACUUUUCUUGGUGUCGGCAUUGGUCUUCCUGCUAAUUACCUAUUUAGGGCCCCUCAUAGUGAAUUAUCAGUUGAAAAGAAAGGUCCGAGUCUAGCUGGAAGCAGAAGUACAAUGGAAGACGAUUGGGGAUCACACAUCAAAGUCAAGGUGCAUCAUUUUCAGGUUUCAAAGUUGACAGUUUGAAGAACUUUAGAGAUUUACCGGAUGUCAGAAGCAUGUUUGCUUCCUAUUCUAAGCAUGUAACUGAUUGUUUACAUAGAGUCUGGAAGGCUUAAUCCCUCUGGAUAGAGGUACGUGACCAUGACCUUUUGAAAGCUUUGUUACUAUGUUCAUCUCUUGGGUUAGCCAAUCAGCCAUCACCAUGGUCUAACAGUGUGUGUUUUCUGACUUAGAUGCUUUCUUGUUGAUUGUUUUGACUCUAUCCUUUCUGUAUCUGGAGCCCUAUAUAUAUAUAUAUAUAUAUAUAUAUUGCCCAGUUUUGGCACUUCUGGAAUGCUUAGAAAAGCUUGCAUCAGUGAAAUCCACAGCAAAACUUUUGGUUUUAGUGUUUGUUGGAACUUGGAAUACAGUAUAAUUUGCUGUAGUAGCUAACUAGAUAGAGCUUAAUCAUGAAUUUUGAGUAUCUAAAUAUUUUUUUCUCUGUAGACUCUUUUCAGGAUUUGGACAUCAAUGAAUGUACAUGAUACUAAUUUUUUGGUGAUUGUAUUAAACUUUGCAUGUUGCAUAUAGUAGUAGUAGUAGUAGUAGUAGUAGUAGUAGUAGUAGUAGUAGUAGUUUGAUGGGGUAUCACAAUAUAGAGUAGUGGCUCAGAUGCUCCUUUGUGUUAUUCUUUUUAACUUGCUAAAUGCUAAUAUAUGGUCUUUUUCACUCAUUGGGGAUUCUGUUCAGGUCCAACGAGUAUAACAAUCAUGAAUCAUCAGAUGAAAUUCUUCUGUCCUGAUGAUAUAAGAGGCUUUGACCUUUUUGCUGUAACGAUGGGAAAAUAUACCUCCAACUUUUUAUGAGUUCACAUUGAAGUGGAAUGGUUUUUGUAGAUAUAGUUAUGUCUGAUGCUGAAAUGGUGCAUAUUCUUCUGUGUAAUCAUAUGUAAGUGCCAUCGCAAUUCGCUUAAAUCGAAGCUUAUUUGUAUACUCCAUAAUCAAUUGUUUGUUUGGUAGUAUGUACAGACGUACAGUAUUUAAAUUAAAUAAUACUAAUUAUUGGUUA